AUGGACGGUACAUACGGGAACGUAUUCCCCACUAGCAGGGCCAUGUCGCCGAGUGCAUCAACACCGAGCGGAAGCCAAUACAAAGUGAAUGUCAGUCGCCAAAAGACGAAAAAAUGGGCCAACUUCAAGCCCCAAAACUACGACGGCGAUGAUUGGGGCGACGAGUACGACGACGAUGAGCCAGCACCCGAACCAGAGCCCCCGCUGCCGGCAAAACCUAUGGGGCCUCGCCUUCCCGCGGGGAACUCUCCGACGUCGAGGCAAUUCGAGCCUGUGAGCGCGGCACCGCCUUUGCGAGCACAUACGCACCAAUUUCCAGUCCCGCCAUCUGGCCCGUCACCGACGUCCGGGGGCCCUCCGCGGAGGAUAACCGAACCGAUCGGGUCCUCAUCACAAAACCUGGCCGGGCACAGUUCGCCACAGUUGGUCCCUGAUGCAAGGCGCGGCUCCCCUGUAUCACGAGGCGGCCAUCAACUCCCGUCGCAGCUUCCGUCUCGAGAGAACAGCACAGGCCUCGAUGGUAUCGAAGAUGGGUUUGGCGGGAUGCGGAAGUCCGGUGCUAGCCCACGACCAAGUGGUGGCCCCAAGCCGUGGACAGAGGGCCGGUCGGCAUCCCCCUCGAGCGCAGGGCUGGCAUCGCCCAACAAACCACUCCCACUCAUCCGUCCAGCCGACGUUUAUCAACGGAUGGCGGAGGAACGCGAGAGGGAGCAGCAGUCGCGCGGGGCUAGCCGACCAGCAGAGGGCACCGCUGAUACCCGGUCUGGGAAACCAUCGGGAUUGGAGGCCCAGAUGUAUGGAGGAGGGGUUGUGACACAAUCCGCAGAUUUGCCAGAAGCAGAAGACAACGGGAUCGAUAGGACACUAAACUAUGGCGCUGGCCUAACCUCGAUUCCGGAAAGGCAAAGCGAGUAUGGUUUCGACGGGUUUCUCGCCAGCUAUGGUGCCGAGGCCAGCGCAGAGCCUCCCGUGGCGCAGGGGCAAGACGCUGAAGCUCAAAAGUCUGUCCAGCCUGUUUCUCAUGAGGAUAUCCGGCGUUAUUCAACGAGCCCCCAGUUGCCAAAUUUGAGUCGCAUGUCGGGUUUUGGCGAUGAUCUUUUCUUUUCAACCAGUCUCUUCCCUGGUUCAGGACUACGCUCACCUCUUUCUGGCAGCAUGCAACUGCCGACGUCGGACCAAUCCAUACCUGAGGGCGACGAAUCUGCCGUGGCCGUAACGAAAGCCCCAGGCCAAUUGGCCACGGCUCCUACUCCACAGGGUGUGACCUCGAGCACAGUGGCAACUGAUGCUGGUGUAGGAGCUGAUGCAGGCCCGUCGCCGCCCAACGAGCCCGACCAAGAUCGGCCCGUUGGGCUGUCGCACCAGCCUGCAGCGCAACCUGUCCUCGGCGUUUCUGAGCAGCAGAUACCCGCCGCAGACCUAGCUCGGGAGCCGGCAUCACCCACCGAAAAACAAGCAGCUCCCUUGGCAGCCAGGCCGCAGCUGCCAGGUGGCUGGGUCUCUGAAACCCCGUCAGCGACCGUGGAAGUGGCCGCAUCUUCCCCAGCCGGUCACUCCACGGAAACACUCGACAAGGCAGUUGAAUCUCGCAGCGGGGUCGCUACUAUUGCCCAGCCGAAGCUCAUUUCGUCUGAUACCUCGAGUCGCCGACAAUCUGAAGUUGAGCCAGGUGUAACGAAGAAAACCGAAAAGGAACGCUCCGCUUCUGGGUCGCCUCAUCCAGCUUCGCCGCGUGACUCUCCUCCGCUCCCAUCGCCGAGCCCGGUUCCGAGUAUCACAAAGUCGGAUAUCACAAAGUCGGAUAUGGGCGCUCGGCAGGCUACGCCCGAGGGCGUGAAUCGCAAUGCAUCACCUGCCCCUGGCAUCUUAGCUACGAAAGCUAGUGGUCCAGCCCCAGCGCAUACUGAGAUUACUCCCACGGCGCCGCUAAAUACUCGUCGAGGCACGCCAGACAGCAACGGGAGUUCACAGCCGAUUCUGUCAUCGCCAUUCCCAACGGCGCCGGGACAAGACCCUUCAAGUCACUCACCGGUCAAAGACAGCGACAUAUUGAGCGAGGAGAUAAUCAAGUCGCUCAGUCCCCCUCAGGCAGCGAGCAGUUUUGCAGACGCUACGGAAGGGUCUACUACCGCUUACCAGGCUGCUGCUGCAGACCCUAUGCGGGAGAGUAGUUAUCUCGGAGAUGUGUAUGGGGAUUACUGGUCGACAGCCGAGGAUAAGGCAGAACCGGGCCUGCUCAUUGCCGGCAAGUCUAUCAACGCGGAAAACGUCGCAGUUCUCCCACCUCUACCGUCCGGGUUGCCUGAAGCAAAUCCAACCAGGCCGGCAGUGGACACACUUGAUCCGAGCAGCCCGUCCUCUCCGUCCAAUGCCGCGCCGGCCGAAGACUCGAACAAUGAGCCCAAGAGCGCCCUCGGCAAGGGUGGGCUCAAAAAACAAUUCUCCUGGGAAGCUUCCCCGCACGGAGUGGCUCCAGCGACCGAAGCCGACCCGACGGCUGUCUCACCUCCAGAGACGGAAUCUUUGGUGGAGCAGAAGGCUCUUGGUUCCGGUGUCGAGAAUGUUGGCCGCUUGGCUUCCGGAGUUAGUACACCGGAGGCUGAACCGAGGCCGUUGUCUCUUGCCCCAGAAGGAGAAAAGUCAGCAGAGGAUCUGCGAGCUGAGUCUGCUCCGGAAUUCAACCCUGCCGCUACGCUUGGCUCGAAUCUAGGUUUAGAUCGUCGAGUACAGUCACCCUCGUCCUCCUUGGAUUCAACGGAUAGGCAGGGCGAUGACAAACGACUGUCCUUAGCAGAGGAAAAGAUUGCCCUCCAGGACUCGCACCCGACUUUGGAGCCACAUCCCGUCUUUGCGGGAAGCCAACAGGCGCGACAAGCCGAGCCCCAGGGUGCUCCUUCACCGAAGAACAUCCUGGGUUUCCGGAACAUCAUGGAGUUGCCUCUCCCGACGGAUCGUAUCAAGCACUAUAACGAGACGCGGUGGCAGUUCUCUGCCGUGGACACUGGGCUGGACGAAUGGGUCCAGGCGAUGAUGUCCAAGCACCCAGAGCAUGCCAACGAGGUGCUAACCCACCCCGGGGUGGCAGCACAAACCCAACAGGGCGGCCAAGGAGUUGGCCUGAGCGGACGGGGGCCGGCGCAUUUGCAUAUACCCCCCAGCCUUCAACAUGGCUUGAGCGGGCUUGGGCACUCGAGCAAUCAAGUGGGCACGAAGGGCAAGGAGCUCUUCAUGGCGGCGGGCAAAGCCGGCAAGGGACUGUUCAGCAAGGGGAGGAAUAAGCUCCGUGGAACUGGCGACAAGGGUAGUUCUCGGGUUGAUCAACGGAACAGCAUUUAUGGAACGGGAGGGACAGCGUUUAAUUAA